GGGAAACACGCUAGUUCACGCCUUCAUCCUCACCGCUUUUAAAGCGCAAAUAUCGAUCUUUGACUCCACCUGUGCCCGCAAUGUCCACCUUAUAGUCCGCCUUUCAAUCCGCCUCCUAACCACACCUGAGUCCACUGCAUAAACAGACACGACAAUAUGAGCGCUCAAAGAGUGUCCGAAAUUGCGAAACAUGCCUGUUUGCGUUGUAAAGAUCGCAAAAGAAAAUGUGACAAGGCGCUGCCAAGCUGCUCUCUCUGUGAGCGCCUUCGUCAAGCUUGCAAGUAUGAUAAUAGACCUAUUUCACCAGUACGUAACUCGCAAGCACCGGAGAAUGCAUUCUCGCCUCAUCACAUUAAAGACGCCAUCGUUCAAAAACUGUUGAACUUUACACGAGAAGAUAUCGUUACAAUUUACCUUCGCACUCUGCAACCAUGGUUUGCAUUCAUUCCGGAGGAAAGAUUAUCUGGCGAAUUCCCCAACACGUGGAAUGACGCAAGUGUCGACGUCACGCUCUUCGCCUUCACUAUUCUACUCUUCAACGCCCAACCACUACUAUUAGAGGGAAGUUAUCGCCUCCAACCCGAUACUAUGCUCAUGUAUCUAUCAAUUAAAUCCUGGCUUGCUUUGUUGGAGGGAGCAGGACUUAACUCGAUAGGUUUGGUGUAUUCAAGGUUGUUGAAUACUCUAUUCGAAGUUGUACAUGGGUUCCACCCCGCGGCGUAUUUAUCAAUCGCGGCUACGGUCAGAGCUGCAGAUGCACUUUCUGUUUAUGAUGAAAAUCGAGUCCCACUGCUUUCUUCAUUGGGCUCCAUCAAAGAAAGGGAGGAACGUAGAGACAUUUGGUGUGGCAUCAUGAUCUUAGACAGAUACUUAGCAGUUGAAAAUGGAAAGUUUCCCCCAGUCACGAGAGGUCGUAAUAUUCCAGACUACCAAAAUCAGUUUGAUAGAAACGCGGAAAUGGUUUCAUCAUCUUUCCACGGGUCAUUCGAAGCAUCGUGCCUUCUAGACAAGGUUCACAUAGCUAUCUAUGAGCCGACAUUAGAGCAAUCUUUUAAUAUCGAAGAAAUAACCAUGAUAUUAGGAGCUUUGAGUUCCCUCCAGACGAUUGUAGCUCAGGACAUGGUGGGAAAGUCAAGACUGUCCUCUAGCGGUCUGGCAUUUGCUACAACCGGGCUUCUACUCAUUUUCGAAAAUGGAGCAAAGCCUACUAUUGAUGGUAGAACUAGCCAAUGCCGAGAGCCAUCAAUUGCUAUUAUGGCCAAUCUGCUUGAUGACAUUUUAAAGUUACUUGAGGAACUUGAUGACAGUGUGGUAUUUGAUGUCCAGAAUUUCUCUCCCUUCGUUCUUCAUCUUAUCUAUAAAGCUGGGGCUAUUAUCACUGAAAGGCUUCAGGUAGGCAUUGACUUGGAGAUGAAUCUACGGAAGGUGAGGAUAUUUCGCAAGUUUCUAAAGUUUAUGAGUCAAAAAUGGCUCGCUGGAGAGCGCUAUUUAGAACUACUGAAUGAAGAUACAGCACCAAGAAUAUUAAAGGCGAUAGAGUGCGAUGGUUAAGCUUAGAGUAACAAGCUAUAAUCGAGAUAUAAUAGAACAAGAUAGCUAUAGAUAAAUAUUAUUGUACUUACGAGAAGGAUACGGAAGAUAUGGCACCCAUGAAUUACGUAGGUCCUGUAUGGCUAAUUGUAUUCUAUCUAAAGAGCCAGCUAUGUAUAGUAGGUCUUAUAUCGACCUACUAAAGGAGCUAGUCUCUUUCGCAUUCGCUUAGGGGUUUAUUACAGCGGUCAUUGAAUUGAAGUCAUUCACCACGUUCACACA